AUGAGGGUCCCUGCGGCCCUCGCAGGCUGGGCCUGUGCCGCCCUCUGCCUGGCGUCCAGCUCCUCUGCCUUUUCCCACGGGGCCGGCUCGGUGGCCUGUAUGGACAUGCAGCCCAAGCACAUUCCAGCCCAGCCUCAGAACCCCAGGACCCACCACAUCACCAUUCUCACCGGCAGCUCUUCCUACGCACCGGGUGACACAGUUUCAGUGGCUGUGAGGAGCAGUCGUGAUUUCACGGGAUUUCUACUUCAGGCCCGGAGAGUGUCUGAUCAUCAGAUAGCUGGCACUUUUGUUUUCAUUCCUUCUCAUUCCAAACCGAUGGCUUGUUUUGAAGAGGCUGACACAGUCACCCACGCGGACAAGUCCCGGAAGAGAAACCUGUCGUUUGAGUGGCGGGCCCCUGCCCAGCCCGCGGGGGACGUCAGGUUCCUUUUAUCAGUAGUCCAGUCAUAUUUCGUUUACUGGGCGAGGAUUGAAUCAUCUAUUGUGUCUCAACAGACACACAGUAGAGAUCAUUCUGACGGCCACGUGGAGCCUGGCUCGCCAGCGCCAAACCCUGGGCAGAGGCUGGAGGGCAUGGGAGGACCUGCCCCAGCUCCCAGUCUCCCCGUCGCUCUUCCUCAGCAGCACACAGAUGUCUCUGCUGUGGCCGUACCUGGAGUUGCAGAAGAGGGCAGCUUAGAUCCUGUUCCUGCCAGUGUUUGGGUGACAGAGCCUCCCGGGGUGGCAAAGACUCCAUUCCAAGCAUCUUCACACAUAGCUGCUGUAGUCAGCGAUGGCCACCAACCCAGUGGGGAGAGCAGCCCAACCCUGGAACCAUCCCUGGACAUUCAUGGGCUGGAGAGGUUCAUGGCCAUCAGGGGAUUCUCCUCAGAGAGCUUUGCUUCCAGUCCUAGCACCCACCGCAGGACUCAGAAGAAUCCAAGCUUUGAUGCAUUGGAAACUUGCCUUCCCUCGGAUAGGGAAGAACAGGACAAGAUGAAGGCCUCUAAUAGAACGGUGAUGAGGCUUCCUCUGCACACUGUCCAUCUUUCUUAUCCUCGCCUCUGGUCCUCUGGGGCAUUCACUGGACACGGGGCCGGGGCAGUCAACCCAACCCCUGUCCUCCGCACCUCUGCCACCUCCAGGCCGCCCACUGCUGAUGGCCAGUCAGAGGCAUCAAGACCCUCUGCUAGCUUCUUGCCUCAGUCAAAGCACAAGGAGCCCAGAGUAGGGGAGGGUAGUGAAGAGAGUGGUGUGGGACACCCCAGGAAGACCAACCCAAGGCCUGAGGUUGGGCAAGGUGACGCCAGGGCCCCUUCGGGGAUCCAGCUGGGGACCCCGCAGCUGGGACUCCUGCUUUGCCUUUCGGCUGCUUUGGGCAUGGCCAUGGCUGUUGGCCUCCGCUACCUGCACACCCAGUAUUGCCACAAGCAGACAGACGUGUCCUUGAGUGAGCCUGCCAGGGAUGCAGUUGCCAGGAGUGAUGGUGGCGAGAUCGUGCAUGUCAGGAGGAUCGGGGAGAACAGUUUUGUUUUGCUUGAAUCGGAAUACAACUGGAUCGCGCCCUCUGUGGGAAGCAAGAAAACAGUCCUCUGA